UUUUAACUUGUAACACAAUAUUAGAGAGAAUGCGCUCUGCCACCGUGUGCUACUUUGCAGAGGAAACCGACUCCUGUCUAUUGUUGAGGUGCCUGUUUGCCAGUAGGGGUGAUCAUCAGUUUUACGUGUAGAAACAGCGUCGUCCUUCCCCCACCGCCUCUUUUUUUAACUUCUAGCAGAAGUGCGGAUGUGAGUUGCAUAUUGAUACGGAACAGGCCGCCAGUUUUUUUAUUUUAUUUUUUUAGCAAUGCGUGCUUAGGCAAUGAUCAUAUUGUGGAGCUAUGAAUCCCGAGGAGCAGACUGUAACGUGGUUGAUAUCACUAGGUGUGCUCAGCUCGCCUAAAAAGAACAUAGCGGAUCCGGAGGAGUUUUUGAAAACAUCGCUGAAGGAUGGAGUCGUCCUGUGCAAGCUCACGGAGCGACUCAUACCUGGUUUCACUCCCAAGUACUGCCAGGACCCGAGAACUGAAACCGACUGCAUUACCAACAUCAAGGAGUUUUUAAAAGGAUGCUCGUCGUUGAAAGUGGAGGGGUUUGAACCAGAGUGGUUAUACACUGGUGAGAACUUCAGCAAGGUGCUGACCACUUUGCUGGCAGUAAACUUUGCCACACAAGACUGUGCUGCUGAGAGGUCAUGUUCGCAGUCCGGUGGCCACUCUCCUAGUCAGUCAGCAUCCUCACACACACUCUCAUCUGCCAAAUCCAAAGGCUCCCUGCGCAGACAAUCCAAAUCAGUGGAAAUGUCUGAGAACGGGGGAGGUGGGCAGGUGAUGGUGAAAGCCCGCUUCAACUUCAAGCAGAACAAUGAGGACGAGCUGUCGUUCGGUAAAGGGGACCUGAUCCAUGUGAUGCGGCAGGAGGAGGGGGGCUGGUGGGAGGGCACACUCAACGGCAAGACGGGCUGGUUCCCCAGCAACUACGUCCGAGAGAUCAAAACCUGCGAGAAGCCAGUGUCUCCGAAAGGAACUCAGCUGACCAAGAACUACUUCAGUGUGGUGGUACAGGACAUCUUGGAACAUGAACGGGAAUUUGUCAAAGAAUUACAAACUGUGCUGAGCUGUUAUCUACGACCACUGCAAGCCAGCGACAAGCUGGUCAGUGCAGACAGCACCAUGCUGUGCGGAAACCUGGAGGAGAUUCUUACCUUCCAGCAGGGACUGUGUGUGGCUUUGGAGGACUGUACCAAAGUCUCGGAGGGCCAGCAGCGAGUGGCGGGCUGCUAUUUGAACCUGAUGUGUCAGAUCAAGAGCCUGUACAUGGCUUACUGUUCCAGCCAUCCUUCAGCUGUUUGCAUCCUCACUGAUCACAGCGAGGAACUGGACAAGUUCAUGGAGAGCCAGGGAGCCAGUGCUCCAGGGAUCCUGACCCUGACCACCAGCCUCAGUAAGCCCUUCAUGAGGCUCGACAAAUACCCCACACUGCUGCAGGAGCUGGAGAGACAUGUGGAGGAAGCCCACCCAGACUACACAGACAUUGUGAAGGCAACAGCAGCAUUCAGGAGCCUUGUGACGCAGUGCCAGGAACUGCGGAAGCGCAAGAACCUGGAGCUCCAGAUCUUGUCGGAACCAGUGCGGGGCUGGGAGGGAGACAGCAUGAAAAGCCUGGGUCACGUGGCCUACAUGUCCCAGGUCCACGUGAAAAAUGGGUCCAGUGAGGAGAAAGAGGAGCGCUAUCUAAUGCUCUUCCCUAACCUGUUAGUCAUGCUCUCUGCCAGUCCCCGGAUGAGUGGCUUUAUUUAUCAGGGAAGAUUGCCACUGACAGGCACCACGGUAACCAGACAUGCAGAGGAUGCAGAAAAUGCUCACUAUGCCUUGGACAUCACAGGAGGAAUGAUUGAACGCAUUACAGUGUUCUGCAGUAGUGCCCAGGACUUACAAGAGUGGCUAGAACACCUUCAGCCUUUUACCAAAGGAGGCAGCCCUGCAGGCACCAUCUCAAAGACUGUAGAGGGAAAGCCACUGAGCAUGGUGGGCACCCCCACUCACCUGUCCCACCUGGGCAGCCUCAGCGCCGUCAGUCGUGGCCCCCUGGAACCGCCAAAGAUCAGCAAGCCCUGGUCUCUCAGCUGUCUCCGCCCCGCGCCUCCCCUCAAACCCUCUGCGGCGCUGGGAUACAAAGAGAGGAUGUCUUAUAUCAUGAAGGACUCCAGCAAGAGCCCGAGGCCCAUGAAGAAGUUCCUGCCAGGCAACAGGAAGAAAGAGAGGAAGCCCUCUGAUGACGAGGUUCAAACGAGGAAAAGCACGGUGGCUCUGGAGGAGGAUGCUCAGAUCCUGAGGGUGAUCGAGGCGUACUGCACAGGAGCCAGCCUGCACCAGACGACCGCAGGUGUUCGUUUAUCGGUGCGGAAAGAGUGCGUCCCUCAGGUGCUCCUCCCUGAGGAGGAGAAGAUCAUUGUGGAGGAGAUGAAGAGCAACGGACAGACAGUUAUUGAGGAAAAGAGCCUGGUUGAUGCUGUGUAUGCUUUAAAAGAUGAGGUUCAUGAACUGAAAAAGGAGAAUAAGUGGAUGAAACAGUUUCUGGAGGAGGAGCAGAAAUCCCGCAAAGAGCUGGAGAGAGUGGUCCGAAAACUGGCCAAGCAGAAGAACGACUGUGCUUGGGACGACGGAGGCCACUAAACACACACACAAUCAUCCUCAGCCUGUGUGUGUGUGUGUGUGUGUGUGUGUGUGUGUGUGUGUGUCUGUGUCUGUGUGUGUGUGUGUGUCUGUGUGUGUGUGUGUGUGUGUGUGUGUGUGUGUGUGUGUGUGUGUCUGUCUGUGUGUGUGUGUGUGUGUGUGUGUGCCUAUGUUGCGUCUCCACAUUUCAAUCUCACACACAGCAGAGUUUUGACUUUCUGACGACGAUGCUUGGAGUUUCUUCGCUUCAAGUGCUGGAGCGUGACUUUUUUUUUUUUUUUAUUGAAAUCUACUCUGUCUUCCUGAUCCAGCCUCACUCAACGAGACCACAAAUAUGCUUCUUCCUCGUGAAGCAGCUCAGCUAAACACCCGCUGGCAGAGCAGGUUGUUUCAAACAUGCAGCCUCUUAGCGACUGGCACUGUGAACACUCCCUCAGCAAAUGGAACAAUUUUUGGACAAUACAAAGUUCUCCGCUGCUUCUUUUGCUUCAGUUGGAAAUAGAAAAGGAGUAUGAAGCCAUCAAGUCC